AUGGGAGAAAGGAAGAUUUCGCUGGGAGGUAGUGUCAGAGGAUUGGACAACCCUGCAUUAGAGCUCACGGACACAGAAGGAAAUCCUUGGGCAGGAGUGCACCGGCAACCUUCUGAGAUUCAGGAAGAAAAUCAAGCACAAAAUGUUCAUUUGAGCAGGAUCAAGAGCGUGACUCGGCCUUUUACUAAGGCAAGGGGCUUUUGCAAAGGCCACGCCAAGUUAAUACGGUGGAUUUUCUUGAUCGUCUUGUAUGCAGCCUACGUGGCAUACUUCACUGCAGCCUGUUUGCUGAACUUCGACCGAGCCUUGGCUUUGGUUGUCUUAACCGCCCUGGCAAUUUGUUAUGGGGCCUAUACCAUAGUCAAGAAAUUGUGGGGGGCUAAGAUCGUCCGCAUGCUGAGCCCCUGUGGGAAAGGCUGCCGGAGAGCCUGGCCGUGGCUGAAAUGGGUAUUAUGUGCACUCAUUUUGAUUGGACUGAUCACGUGGCUGGUUCUUGACGUGUCCCAGAGGCAAGAGCAGUUGGUGUCACUGGCUGGCUACAUUGUGCUGGUGCUGAUACUCUUUGCCUGCUCCAAGCACCAUGGAGCCGUAUCCUGGAGAGCUGUGUUCUGGGGGCUUGGCCUGCAGUUUGUCCUCGGAGUCUUCAUCAUCCGGACGGAACCCGGAUUUCAGGCCUUCCAAUGGCUUGGCGAGCAGAUUCAGACCUUCCUGAAUUACACCACUGCUGGUUCCAGCUUCGUCUUUGGGGAGACAUUGAUCCAAGAAGCUUUUGCCUUUCAGGCAUUGCCCAUUAUUGUCUUCUUCAGCUGUGUGAUGUCCAUUCUCUAUUACCUGGGAGUCAUGCAGUUCAUAAUCCUGAAGCUCUCCUGGCUCCUGCAAAUCUCCAUGGGAACGGCGGCCACAGAAUCUCUGAGCGUGGUGGGGAAUGUUUUUGUGGGAAUGACAGAAGCACCAUUGCUCAUCCGUCCCUACCUGCCGGAGAUGACACGGUCAGAGGUUCAUGCCGUGAUGACCGGUGGUUUUGCCACCAUUGCCGGCAGUGUGAUGGGAGCUUACAUUUCAUUCGGGAUUGAUGCCUCAUCUUUGAUUGCCGCUUCAGUGAUGGCGGCACCUUGCGCCUUGGCUAUGGCUAAACUCGUCUACCCAGAAGUGGAAGAGUCCAAGUUCCGGAGCCAGGAGGGCGUGAAAAUCGCCGCUGGGGAGGAGAAGAAUGUCUUGGAAGCUGCUGGCAAUGGAGCGGCAAUCUCUGUAGGCCUGGUGGCUAACAUCGCAGCCAACCUCAUUGCCUUCCUGGCCGUGCUAGAGUUCAUCAAUGCCGCGCUGGCUUGGCUGGGAGGCAUGGUCAACCUGCCGGAACUCUCCUUCCAGUUGAUCUGCUCCUACGUCCUGGUGCCUUUGGCAUUCUUAUUAGGGGCAAGCUGGGAGGAUGCGCCCCUGGUAGCUGAACUGCUGGGAGUCAAGAUCUUCCUAAACGAGUUCGUGGCCUAUCAGAAGCUAUCAGGCUACAAACAGAAUCGACUGGACGGACUGCCGGAGUGGGAUGGAAGCCACAAGCAAUGGAUUUCGGUGAGAGCCGAAACCAUCACGACCUAUGCUCUGUGCGGAUUUGCCAAUCUCAGCUCCAUCGGGAUCAUGCUGGGUGGCUUGACGUCCAUGGCACCACAGCGCAAGGGUGAAUUUUCCAGCGUCGUCCUGCGAGCUUUGUUCACUGGAGCCUGCGUCUCCCUGAUCAAUGCGUGCCUUGCAGGUAUCCUCUAUGUACCCAGAGGAGAGGUGACGAAUUGUCUGGACUUCUUCGGCCAAACUAACCUGAACUCUACCAGCUACUCUGUCUACGUUUGCUGCAAGGACUUGUUCAGCAGCACAACCACCCUCAAUGGAUGGCUUUCUUUUUCUGGCAUUUGGGGAAGUGCGAAUUUCAACACUUCAGCCACGUACCUCCUACAGUGCUGUGGUCACUACAACGCCACAGCCUGUGCCAAGCCGUAA